AGACAACAUCAAAAAGACAAAUACCAUUCUGCUGCUAGCCUGGAAUAUUUCCAAUGGGAGCAAAGACUUACGAAGGAGGCGAUCACCACGAGGAUGCAACCAAUGUGCUUUCGACCAAAUCGAAUGCCGUUGGCGGCAAGCCUCGUGGAGCCAACAUGCUGGAAGACGGAGACGGCGAAUUCGGAAGCGACGACGACGACGACGGCGGUGAUGGGCAAGAUUCAUCCUUGGCCAUGGUAAAUCCCGAUGAUGCUGCUAAGCCGAAGAAGAAAAAACGUAGCAAAAAGAAGAAGAACAACAAGAAGAAGUCCGGUGCUGGUGCUCAGCGGCAGACUUCUCCUCCUAGGGUUCCGCUUUCUCAACUCUUUCCGGAUGGGAAAUAUCCCAUUGGACAGAUGGUGGAAGUUCAAGAUGAGAAUCUCCGUCGUACUACAGAUGAAGAAUUCCGCUAUCUUAGCCGCGGGACUAUCACCGAUGACGAGGCUCUCAACGACUAUCGCAAGGCCGCCGAGGUUCAUCGUCAAGUCCGUCGAUGGAUUCAUGAAACCAUCCAACCCGGAUCGUCCUUGACCGAACUGGCGGUAGGCAUCGAAGAUGGCGUGCGUGCUCUGCUCGAGCAUCAGGGACUAGAGCCUGGAGAUAGCCUCAAGGGUGGAAUGGGAUUUCCCACUGGUCUGGCGUUGAACAAUUGCGCUGCGCACUAUACACCUAAUCCGGGUCAGAAGGAUAUCAUCUUGAAAACAGACGAUGUCCUGAAAAUCGACUUUGGUGUGCAUGUGAACGGCUGGAUUGUCGAUAGUGCCUUUACUGUUACUUUUGAUCCUGUCUACGACAAUCUGGUCGCUGCAGUCAAAGAUGCCACCAAUACUGGUCUAAAGUGCGCUGGUGUGGAUGCGCGUGUAGGUGAGAUUGGAGGCUUCAUUCAAGAAGCCAUGGAAAGCUACGAGGUUGAGAUAAAUGGCAAGGUGUACCCUGUUAAGUCUAUCCGCAGUAUUACAGGACACGACAUUCUCCGUUACAGGGUCCACGGAGGCAAGCAGGUGCCUUUUGUCAAAAGCAACGAUCAGACGAAAAUGGAAGAGGGUGAAGUGUUUGCGAUUGAGACUUUUGGUAGUACUGGCAAGGGCUACUUGAGGGAUGGUCCUGGCGUUUACGGCUAUAGUAAAGAGCCACAUGCAGGAAACGUUCAUCUGCCGCUCGCUUCGGCACGCGCGCUUUUGAAGACCAUCAAUCAGAAUUUCGGCACCAUUCCGUUCUGUCGCCGUUAUCUUGAUCGUCUCGGAAUCGAAAAGUAUCUUCUGGGGAUGAACAGUCUUAUUUCUCAUGGGAUCGUCCAAAUGUAUCCGCCCUUGGUUGAUAUUGCUGGUUCUUAUACCGCCCAAUUUGAACAUACAAUCUUGAUCAAUUCUUCCGGAAAUGAGAUCAUCAGCCGUGGGGAUGACUAUUGAGUCAACGCCUACGAGCCAGGAGUUGCCGCUGUCACUUUUCUUGUAUCCAACUACAAUCGCUCCUUCGAUUGAUGUUUAUGCCGCUUCCUCGGAGCCCAGUGUUUCAGACAGUCAAGCAACGAUAUGCUUUUAUCACUUGAACGUGGGGUUCUGGAACCGCCAAGAGGGGAUUAUAUGGUAGUAAACCUUUAUUGAGAAAAUCCAACUACUUACACUCGUUUUUAC